AAUGCCCUUCAUUAGACACACAAUAGCAUGGGUGUACAUUCAUUAUGGGAUAUAGUGGGACCUACUGCCAGACCAGUUCGACUAGAAGCACUUUCAAGAAAGAAACUAGCGGUUGACGCCUCCAUUUGGAUCUAUCAGUUUCUUAAGGCUGUACGCGACAAGGAAGGAAACUCGUUGCCACUGUCACAUAUAAUUGGGUUCUUUAGGCGAAUUUGCAAAUUGUUGUAUUUUGGCAUCUUGCCGAUAUUUGUGUUUGAUGGAGGUGUCCCAGUUUUAAAGAGAGAGACUAUUAAUGCUAGAAAGAAUAGAAGGUUGAAGAAGGCAGAAACCACCAGGGAAACAGCACAAAAACUUUUGGCUAUACAAAUACAAAGACAGGCAGAAAAUGCAGUCAAGAGCCAGAGAAAUAACCCAAUAACUACAAGAUCUCACGAAGAAGAAGAAGAAGAAGAACUCGUCUUUCUUGAGGAUUUACCCAUCACCUUUGAAAAACGAAAAGGAGAAAUUACACUCCCGGACAGAGCACCAACUCCAUCUUCCAUCAAGUUCAGAAAACAGGACGAAUACGACCUUCCAAAUCUUACUGAAUUCAAAGUUUACAAGGAUGAUACCAGAAUAAUGCCAGAAGAAGAAUUUAUGGAGUCAUAUGAAGAUUUUGACCAUGUUGACGGUAUUAACAUAAAUGAAGUUGAUCCCAAGUCAAAAGAGUUUGAAAUGCUUCCCAAGGCAACUCAAUACAUGAUUUUGUCUCAUCUAAGAUUGAAAUCGAGAUUGAGAAUGGGGUAUCAAAAGGAACAAUUGCAAGAGUUAUUCCCUAAUAGUAUGGACUUUUCCAAGUUUCAAAUCCAGCAAGUACAACGACGUAACUUUUACACUCAAAAGUUAAUGAAUGUUGCUGGGAUGGGAGAAGAUGGUAAUGCAACCAAACGUAUUGCCGGAGAUAAAGACCGUAGGUAUGCACUAGUGAAAAAUGAAGACGGUUGGACCUUGGCUUUACUGAAGGAAGAAUCAUCUGCUGAAAAUCCAAUUUCCCUAGAUGAUCCUGAAGAUGAUAUUACCAGGGACGUUGAAGCAUAUAAUGAAGUUGCACAACCCCAAUCAAGGAGUGAAGUUAUUAACUCCAAGGCGGAUUCAGAUAGUGAUUCAGAUUUUGAAGAUGUUCCAUUGGCUAAAGCUGAAGCACCAGAAACUCAAGAAGAAAAAGAUUUCCAGUUUGCACUUGUGAAGUCAAUAUACGAUCAAUAUGAAAGUGAACCACCGUUGGAUCAUGUGUCGACAGUGCCCACAUCAAUUGACGGUUUCAAUCAAGAAGAAUUAGAUAAAGCAAUUGAAGAAUCAAAGAAGGAUUACUUUUUGUCCAAAGAGAAGGAAGCUGAAAUGCUCAAUGUCUCUGCUUUGACAGGAACAGAUCCAGAAAAUAAGGACGACACUGAUACUUUUAAUCUCGAUUUUGGUAGCUCGAUUUUAUUUUCGUCAAAUAGAGAAGAAAAGAAGAAAAUUGGCCCCGACAAUACUAAUAGACUUGUCCAUGAAACGGGAACUUUGGGAAGAUCGUUUUUGUUUAAUCCUGAUGUUAGUGAAACUGGAAGGAUUGAGUUAAAGAAAGAUCAGACUAAACCAAUUACCAACAUUAUCGAAGAUGACGAGAGUGAGGUCGUAGAAGUCACCAGCCCCAAGGAGCAACCACCACGAGAGUUGCCAAGUUGGUUUAGGGAUGAAGUUCAAAGGACAUUAAAUCCUCAUAACGAAAGGUUUGUUUCUUAUAAUGCAUUCGAUCACCAACAGAAUAAGAAAGAGGAAGAAGCGGGUUUGAUUCCGUGGCAUGAAGCUAAGAAGUAUUUAGAAGAACAUGAACCAGAGGAUGAUAAAAGUGAUGAAGAAAUUCAAGAAAUUGCAUCGGUCAUUCCUCAUAUCGAGAAGCCACCCUCCAUAGAAGAGCCUGAAAAAAACGGAACAAGGAAAGCAGCAGUUAUAGAUUAUGAUUUCGAAAAAGAAGACGAAGAUGAGUUGGUCCAGCAAUUACAGAUUGAAGAGCUUGAUCAUGAAAUCUUGAAAAAUCAAAUCAAAGCUACCCAUACUGUUCCGAUCUCUUCUUUGGAAACACGGAUCACUGAAGAACAAUUAUUACAAGAAAAAUUACAAAAAGCAAAGAGGGAUAGUGAUGAAGUUACAGAAACUAUGAUUAAUGAUGUCCAAGAACUUCUUCGAAGAUUUGGAAUACCCUACAUUACUGCUCCUAUGGAGGCUGAAGCUCAGUGUGCCGAGCUUUUAAAGAUUGGAUUGGUUGAUGGUAUUAUUACUGACGAUAGUGAUUGCUUGUUAUUUGGAGGAGAUCAUGUCUAUAAGAAUAUGUUUAAUCAAAAGCAAUAUGUUGAGUGUUAUAUCAAAGAUGAUAUCGAAGCAAAAGUUGGAUUAUCACGAGAUAAAUUGAUUGAAUUGGCAUUACUAUUAGGAAGUGAUUAUACCGAAGGAAUAAAAGGAAUUGGUCCUGUGUUGGCCAUGGAAAUUCUUGCUGAGUUUGAAUCAUUGGAAGGUUUCAAGGACUGGUUUGAUGAUAAUACUAAAACAGUCAAAUCCAAUAACGAUUUGAAUGCUCUAAGAAAGUCAUUACUUACGAGAAUCAAGAAUGGUAAGCUUUACUUACCUGAUAGCUUUCCUGAUGAAGCUGUUUCACGGGCAUACCUCUAUCCUGAGGUGGACUCAGACAAAACUGAAUUCAAAUGGGGAGUACCAAAUCUAGAUCAAAUUAGGUCAUUCUUGAUGUUCAAUGUUGACUGGAGUCAAGAAAGAGUCGACGAGGUUAUGAUUCCUCUAAUCAGAGAUAUGAAUCGAAAGAAAGCUGAUGGUACACAGUCUACUAUUGGUGAGUUCUUUUCUCAGGAAUUUGUCCAAUCGAGGAAAGAGGUUAAUUUGGGAAAGAGAAUGAAACAAGCUGCUAACAAAUUAAACAAAAGACGGAAGAAUCAAUAGAAAAAUGUAUAAUUAUGUAGUUAAAGUAUAAUCUUAUAGAAAAGUCGAAGGCUUUUUUGUAUGGACCAAUUUCGCAUACAAAUUUUUUUUUUUCGGUCAACUAAAUUUGAAGCAAGAUUUGACAACAAGAUACCAAAAACCACACCAUAACAUAGCCAGAUCCCGUCCCCAGAACAAUGGCUGAUUCCUUUUCGAAGAUAUCAUCCAUGAUAGAGUCAGCCAAGGAGCUAACAAUUGAGGCAGCAGUGUCUGCUUCAGCUCGAUUGACUGAUACACCAAGUGCGUUGAGACCACAGGAAAUUUCCAAGCUCUUAAAUUCACGAAUCGAU